CUGAUUGUCCUUACACUUCAAAAAUGUUCAAUGGUUCACCCUGAAAUUAGCCAAUAUGAAAUGCACAGGAGAAUCAUAACAUUCACAAAUCAAAUUGUCCAGAAAACUAGUGUUGAGAAUUGGAAGAUGAUCAAGCAAAGUUUGAUUGAUCGGAAAGAGCACAAUCUCAGCUUCUUGAAUAAAGUUGAAGAUUGUUUCCAACUUAACCAUGAAUUCCCAGAAAAACGGAUUGGGGAAGAUGUGAAAACCUCAGAGGAAUACCAAGGAAAAACAAGUCCCAAGGAUUCUUACAAUACUGCUAUAGAUAUUGCUCAAAAGACACUAGGGGAUUUUGAAUGGCAUAGGAGGACCCAAGUAGCAGAGGAUAUCAUCAAAUUUACCCCAAAAUGGACCUUAUCCUUAGAGCUUUGGGAAGAGCUGAGAGAGGCAGAAAGGUAUAAUGGUGUCAAUGUCUGGAAUGUGUUCCACUUUAUCCAUUAUCUUGGAUUGGGAAAGGAAAAUAAAAUUGAAUCGUGGAGUAUAUCCAAAGUUAUCAGACAUAUUGAAAUCCUCAAUAUGGUCAGUUCUGGUACAAACUGGCAGGCUGAUAUUGGGUGGAGUGAAUCUGCUGAUAGAGCCUGGAUGAGGAAAGUAUUUAAAGAAGAAUAUGAUCAAAAACUCAACAGCUUGGUUGAAAGAGGCGAAAGAAUCACAUGGAAAUAUUUAGAAAUGCCAAGCCUUGCAAGGAAAGAGUUUGAAGCAGAAACAAAUGUGAACCGAAAGAUUUUUGAUCUAGUACAGUUCAGGGAGGAAGAAAUUUUGAGGUUAGCAGACCAUGGUGUUUGUGAUGAGAUUCUUGUCUUGAUCAAAUUGUUGAGAGACCAAAACAGGCAACAGGAUGGUCAUAUAAAAUGGGAAUCAGUUUGGAAUCAAUUUCCCCCAGAAUUGGAACUUGCAACUGAUGUCAAGAAAUUUGCUCAAUCUUGGAUCAAUGAGAAUUUCCCAUGA